AUGGGAGAGUCAUCUACCCCAAACCCGCUGCGAAUCGGCACCCGGCGAUCUAAAUUGGCUAUUGUCCAGGCCGAGAGUAUCCGCGAUCGAAUCAAGAGGACCAAUUCCAGCAUGUCCAUCGAGAUUGAAACUCUCCAUACAGCCGGCGACCGAGACAAAGUGACAGCGCUUCCCGAAAUGAACGCCAAGAGCCUCUGGACGACAGAACUAGAGGAAAAGCUCACUUCCGGUGAAUUGGACGUUAUCGUGCAUUGCCUGAAAGAUAUGCCAACGACAAUCCCAGAGACGUGUGAGAUAACAGCAAUCCCGCCACGAGAUGACCCGCGCGAUGCUCUUAUUGUACAGUCUGGCCUGCCGUAUCAAACUUUGAAAGAUCUUCCCGAGGGUGCCGUUGUAGGUACAUCUUCCGUUCGACGCUCGGCUCAGCUUCGUCGGUUGUACCCCCAUCUUCGGUUUGCGAACCUGCGCGGGAACGUGGAAACUCGUUUAGCGAAGGUUGAUAACCCAGACAGUGAAUAUACUUGUAUGAUCAUGUCUGCGGCUGGCCUUGAGCGGUUGGGUUUGAGUCCCCGUAUCAACCAGUAUUUGGGUUCCAAAGAUGGAGGCAUCUUCCAUGCUGUUGGACAAGGAGCUCUUGGUUUAGAGAUUCGGAAGGGUGAUGUGGAAAUGCGGAAGCUGCUUGAGCAGCUAGGUGAUCGGAAAUCGACUCUUGCUUGUCUUGCAGAGCGGGAGCUUCUGAGGACACUGGAAGGUGGCUGUAGUGUUCCUAUUGGCGUUGAAACUGAGUGGGUACAGGCCGACGAGUUGAAAAUGGCUGCUAUUGUUGUUAGUCUGGAUGGCUCGGAGAGUGUCGAAGAUAAGAUCGUGACUAGGAUUGGGACUGUUGAUGAAGCAGUGACACUUGGUAAAGACAUGGCGGCGCGAUUGAUUAGUGCCGGCGCGGAGGCGAUUCUCAAGGCCAUCACCACGAAUCGUCCAUCCAAAGAAUGA